AUGUCGUUCAACGCGAAAAAUCUUGCCUACGACGCUAAGGAGCCUGCGUUUCUGCAGCGUCUAAGAGGUCAUUAUGGUGACACCUCUGGUGGCCUAGAGCGCCCGUCGCAACGACCUCGCCGAGCACGAGAAGAUAAUGAGGAUGACGGACCUACAUAUGUCGACGCCGAGAGCAAUGAAGUUAUCUCCAAGGAAGACUACGAGGCGAUGGUGAAUGGCGGCGAUCCGCAAACCGCACAACCUGAGAAUGGUGUGAAGGAGAAGGAUGCCGUUGCAGACCAGGAUCGUGACUCAAACGCGGCAGACGGAGCAGCGUCCAAACAGAAUCUGGCAGAGAUCGGGGGGCCUCGAAAGCGAAAGCAAGCAAAGGUCGUCGGAGAUGAGGUCGAUGAGGCCGCGGAAGCUGAGAAAGAGAAGAAGGAAGUGCGGCCAAAAGACUCCAAGCCUCGAAAACCGAUGCAGAAGAAGAAGAAAAUAAAGCUCUCGUUCGAGGAGUGA